AUGGCUACAUCGGAGCGCGGAAAGCUUUUUGUGUCCUCCGGAGUGGAAAUCAACCAUCCAGCGGUCGGUAGAGAAAGGACAGGAGGCUGUCGGCCCGAGGACGCCCAAAUCCGUAAAGAAUGGCGUGAGCUGACCCAAGAGGAACGACAGCAGUUUACCGACGCUGUUCGGUGCCUGCAGAGCAUUCCAACCACCCUGGCAGACGAUCUACGCCAGAUUUAUCCUGGAGUGCAGACCCGUUAUGACGAAUUUCUGGCUACACACAUUAAUCUCACCAGUGUUAUCCAUCAGACUGCGGACUUCCUUGCCUGGCAUCGCUACUUUAUCCACACGUUCGAGCAAGAUCUCAAAUCAAAAUGCCAAUACACCGGCUCCCUCCCUUACUGGGAUUGGGGUUUGGACGCAGAGAACCCUCACCUCUCUGUUCUGUUCAACGGAGACGAGUACAGCAUGGGAUCGAACGGUGCAUUCAUCCCGAACAGGGAUCCGGCUUACUGGCCCGCAAUCCAUGAGUACAUCCCCGUGGGCACGGGCGGAGGAUGUGUUUAUGAGGGUCCCUUUUCAAACUACACCAUCAACAUGGGUCCCAUUGAUGGCGCGGGCCAGAAAGCAGUGAAUUACCGCUUCGAGCAUCAUCCUCACUGUCUCAAACGAGACAUCAACCCAACUGUCACACGGGCGUCCGUGACCUUUCGUCACAUCACGGAGCUGAUCCUCUCAUACGACACCAUUGAGUGGUUCCAGGGCGUGAUGCAGAAAGACCCUCGAUUCUCUGUACCAUCUGUGCCGUACGGCGUUCAUCGCGGUGGUCACGUCGGGGUGGGUAUGGUCAUGGGCGACGCAGCUGGUAGUCCAGGUGAUCCGAUGUUUUAUCUGCAUCAUGCGCAGAUUGAUCGAGUAUGGACCAUCUGGCAGGGGUUGGAUCCAGACACGAGAAGACAUGCCAUCUGGGGCACGCAUACGAUCGUUGACACUCCCCCAACGGCGAAUAUGACGUUAGAUGAUAUGAUUGAUUUUGGAUUCGUGUCUGAGCCAGUCCAGUUCCGGGAUUUGAUGGAUACGCUUGAUGGGCCGUUUUGCUAUUAUUAUACUUGA